AUAUCAUGACGGAGUAAACACUGGGGUAAACGGUCAUAGUAUAUAUUGUUCGCAUUGCGCAUCGCCGUUAUCUUUUUCCCCAGCAUCGUUGUUCAUACUUGACUCUGUCGCUCGGCAAUUUUUCUUUUCUUCGAACUUUCCUCCAAGUACUUCAUCAUGAGCAAAGAACAGAAAGAUGUUCCUGAUGCAUGGGAAGCGGACUGGGAGAGUUUGGCUGAUAAUCAAGAUCAGAAACCUGAGACACCACCGAAAAAAGUGUCCUCAAAAGUAACCAAAGCACAACGCAGAGCGGCGCAAGCAGAAUUCAACAGGAAACUAUGGGAGGAAGCUGAAACACCACAGACAUUCCACUAUAUCGAAUCCCGCUCCGCAGUCCCGUUAAAACAAGAUUUCAAACCUGCCGUCACAGUGCUCAGCCGUCGACCCCAAAUCGCCGUUCGAAACAAUAACAUCGAUGCAGCGGGCGAAGGAAUUUCGAAUCUGAACAUCAAUGGCAGUGGUGCCAAUCUGUCAGACUCCGACGAAGAGACCAAUAAACCUCCGGAAAUGACUCCGGAGGAGCGACAAGCCAAAGCUCUCAGGGAUAGAGAAGAGAAACAACGUAAAUACGAAGAAGCUAGAGAGCGACUGUUUGGGAAUUCAUCUACGCCUGGAUCCAAUACUUCAUCACCGGGUGGUACACGUCCAUCGUCGCGGAAUAGAGAUUCCGGGUUUGAUAGUAGUGGUACUCGCGGUGGUAGUGGUGGACGUGGAAGGAAUCGAGGUCAUGGCAAUAGAGACAGGGACAGCAACAACAACAACAACAGUAAUAAUCGCGAGAAACGCGAUUCUCCAGGUGGUACAGGGAAGCAGAGACAGUUAUAUGAUCCGGGUUAUUCGACCAAGCCAAAUUCAUCGACUUCUUAUUCACAGCGAAGACCACCACAGCUUCCUACAGAGCGAUCGGAUGGUGAACAGCAACAGCAGGCUAUAAGACCCUCUAGAAACCCCAGAGGUCCUGACGGGAGUGGACGGGGCGGGUUUGGGUUCAGUCCUCGCGGUAGAGGUACUCUGGUUUCUCGAGAUGCUUUCGCUUAGGUCUAUUCGGACCGAAAUGCAAGAAUACAAAACAAGGAGCAUCGAAUUAUGUAAAACCUGAGACGGACUAAGGCAGACUCCUGCCGCUGUUGAUCGCAUUCGCCAAUUGCGAAGUGUUCGGUCGGUUUUCUGCACAUUUCAACUCAGUCAACCUUUUCAGAUUAGUGUCUAAAUUUGGCACUUAAACAAACCCGAAUACCUCUCAUAGCUUUCCAGGUAAAGCUCAUCACUACUGGUCGUCGCCAUGACAUGCUCAUUUUCCUCAAUGGCUUGGAUCCACCUACCCAAACGACUCCCCAUCGCUGGCUCAGUCCAUCCUCGAUACGGUUUUAGGACGCGACUCAGACGAAGUACCCAGGGCGCAAGCUGGAUAUCAACGUAUGACAUGCUAGGACCGAGGAAGAAUGGUCCGUGAACGUGCGACGCGUUGACCAAUUUCUCAAUAUCUUCCUGCAAUUGCGCAGCAUUCUGACUUUGAUUUUGAGGGUUUUGCUCCAUCAGGACUUUGUAGAAGCUAGGGACUAUGUGGCGAUUGAUCUGCAUGAACAAUAUCCCAAGUCAGCCUUUCGAGAAGUCGAUUGCACAUGUCAUAAGAAGGGGAGACGAACAUGAUCGGCCCAUAAUCGGCAAUGAGCACGAAGCUUCGCAUCACCCGGAGGAAGAAGGGGAGUCCCUUCAUCCAAAUCUUCCAACUAUUUCACACAGCACGUUAGAAAUGACUACCAGCAACUCAGCCAAAGGAAAAGGACGUACAUAUUCUAAAAGCACGCUACUCUCAUAGCAGCCCCAAUUACCAUGCAGAAGAGCAGGGACCAAUCCACGAGGGUUAAUAGCCAACAACUCUGGUGGUUUCUCAUACGGAUCAACCUCUAUAUACUGAUAAGGAAUAUUUUUGACUUCAAGCGCAAUCCAUACGCGUUGGACGAAGGGGCUAGAGUUUGUUAUUCGCUGUCUUGAACAGAUAUCUGGCAGAAAUUAUGGAUGAAUAACGUACCAGAAACAACUUCCAAAUAAUUUAAGAUCAUUUUCUUG